AGUCUACUUAGUCUGUGGUAGAAGGGUGAGUGAACUGCCUCAUUGUUAUUUAUUGCAUUUGACUCUAAUAAUACAUUAAUUAGCCGUUUUACGGGUACAGUGAGUGCAAUAACAUACAUAACAGGUCGUGACAGCCAUGCCGAUGUGAGUAAUAUCAAAGGUGUGGCGCGUUGGUCUGGGGCGUUGUUUCUUAGUGUACCAGUGACGUUUAGUGUUACGAAAAAUAUUCCUACUAUCUCGUCGCAAAAUGACCGAGUACAAGUUAGUGGUGGUAGGGGCUGGUGGCGUCGGUAAAUCCGCAUUGACUAUACAGCUGAUUCAAAAUCAUUUCGUGGAUGAGUACGAUCCAACGAUCGAGGAUUCGUAUAGGAAACAAGUGGUUAUAGACGGGGAGACGUGUCUGUUAGAUAUAUUGGAUACGGCGGGUCAAGAAGAGUACUCCGCUAUGAGGGACCAAUAUAUGCGGACAGGGGAGGGGUUCUUGUUGGUGUUCGCGGUGAAUAGUGCUAAGAGUUUCGAGGACAUUGGAUCAUACAGAGAGCAGAUAAAGCGAGUGAAGGACGCGGAAGAAGUGCCGAUGGUGUUAGUAGGUAACAAGUGCGACCUUCAGGCAUGGGCUGUCGACAUGACGCAAGCGCGAGAGGUGGCGCGAAGUUAUGGUGUACCAUUCGUAGAAACAUCAGCAAAAACCCGUAUGGGCGUAGACGAUGCCUUCUACACUCUAGUCCGGGAGAUCCGCAAGGACAAAGAGAGCCGCGGUAAGAAAUACAGAAGAGGGAACAAACUCGGAUCCCGGCGUACUUUUAAAUGUACACUUAUUUAAAUUAAGAUGCUAAGUUUUAUGGAUAUUUCUAAUUUGACUUCGAUACUUUGGAGUUUCCCUUUUUAUAGCUCCCUUAUCAAAUGUUGAUAAUUUAAAAAUAUUGUAUACGGAGUGGUCUUAUUUAGCUCUGCAUUUGACGUUCUCAUGUCAUAAUGGUGCCAUUUAUUAUUAAGAAAGUUUUUUUAUUCAUAACACUCGGAGUAAUUAAUGAAAGUAAUUAAAUUAAUUGCAUUAUCUUAUUUCAAAUGGAUAUAUAAAUAUUUGCCACUUCAAUUUUUAUUUCAAAUGCAGAAUCUAAAUAACACCUAAUUUGUAUAUAACUCAUAAAUAUCUCUUAUUUGAUCUUACAAAGUUAUCCAUCAUUAAUAGAAAAUAUCACAAAUACAUAGCGUAUAAAUAGGUAUUUUAUAAUAAAUUCCAAUUAAAUAUCAACUACGUACAAUGUUUGAUAACUUAGUAAAUCUCAACAAAUGAUAACAUCUACAAUCCAUUUCAGUUUAAAUUGUACAACAUGUUUAAACAAAUAAAACUAUAAUAAAACCACUUGUCUGGAGUUAAUCUUUAAUACUUAUAUAUAAUUUAUUACAUCGACUCGACAUUGCAGGGACUAUAAUAUAUUUUUCUUCAAGUUAUCCACUGUCUAAAGAAGUAAUACAUAAAUAUAUUGUAUUAAUAUAAUUAUAUUUGAAGCACAAUUUACUUGGAUACCUAGCUUAGCAUAGCUGAUAUAUAGACGAGACGGAUUAUUCGAUGAUAAACAUAGAAAAUGAAUUGACCAGUCAGAAUAACCUCAAAAAUGUAUCAUGUAAAAUUUGAAAGAUAGUUUGUGGCCAAUAACAAUACUGUCUUUGGUUAUAAUGGCGGGCAACAAUAUCAAUGUGUAGUUAGUAAGUUGCUAGCUAAACAAAUAGCUCAUGAAUAUAAAAUAAAGCCCGCGUUGUCCGUAUUUCUAUUUUUUUUUUUUAUUACUACACCCUUAUUGGCCGCAGUCUCUUUUUCUCUCAUACUUUGCCGACCGUAUUUACUUGAUAGCGGAACUCUCGGUCAAUUUAUUCCUAUGUAUCGGCGCAAUGUAAGCUCCUGAGUCCGUUGCGUAGAAAUAGUUGAAAUUAUUCUUACUGGUUACCAUCCUCAUUAGUGUUGCAUAUCGAUAGUCCACUAUUGAUAGACUAUCGGUAGUUAAGGUGUAAGCGAUACUAUCGAUAGCUCCCCAUGAGCAAU